GAGAAUGGAAUUCCGCUCCCCCUCCCCCUCCCCACUUCGUCUUUCCACGAACGCAGGGAACGGAAGGAACGGACCCCCUUGUUGUUGUUCUCCAGCCAGUUUUACGACGUGGAAAAGGUGGCAGCACCAUCCGGAUGGUGAAAGUCCUUGGACGAAGAGGAAGGAGUGGUGGUGCACAUAUAGAGGGGCGAGAGGGCGCGGCUUGUCCAGACGCUCUUUGUCCCGACAACGACGAUGACGGCGACCACCACGACGGCCACCAUGUCGCCGAGGUUCCUGCUCCUUCUUGGAUCCCUAUUUCUGCUUGCCGGAACACAAGUUAGAGCACAGGACGAGGAAGGCGCGGAUGGGAUCGACGCGAAUGCCGAAGAGUUGUGUCAAGAUAGGCCAGGGGACGAGUAUUUCCGGUUGAACGUCGAAGGGGACUGUCGUGACGUCGUAAGAUGCGACAAAGCAAGCGAGAUUGGCGUGACCAGGUUGGCAACAGUCCGAUGUCCGACAGGUCUGGCGUUCGACAUUGAGCGGCAAACGUGCGACUGGAAGACGAACGUGAAGAAUUGCGACCAACUCGAGAAACCGCGUAAGGUGCUGCCCAUCCUGAGGACCGACGAACCAGUCUGCCCAGAGGGCAAAUUAUCGUGUGGUAACGGCGAGUGUGUCGACAAGGAGCUCUUCUGCAACGGUAAACCGGAUUGCAAGGACGAAUCCGACGAGAAUGCGUGCACGGUGGAAACGGACCCGAACCGUGCGCCUGACUGCGACCCAACCCAAUGCGUGCUCCCCGACUGCUACUGUUCCGCCGACGGCACCAGGAUCCCUGGGAACAUCGAGCCGUCCCAAGUGCCCCAAAUGAUCACGAUCACGUUCAACGGUGCCGUGAACGUGGACAACAUCGACCUCUACGAGGAGAUUUUCAACGGGCAGCGACAAAAUCCCAACGGUUGCCAGAUCAGAGGAACCUUCUUCGUCUCUCACAAGUACACCAACUACUCGGCGGUCCAAGAUCUCCACCGUCGUGGCCACGAAAUAGCAGUGUUCUCCCUGACCCAUAAGGACGAUCCCCAAUACUGGACCCAGGGCAGCUACGACGAUUGGCUGGCGGAAAUGGCCGGCGCGAGGCUGAUCAUCGAACGUUUCGCAAACAUCACAGAUGGCUCCAUCAUCGGGAUGAGAGCCCCCUACCUUCGAGUGGGCGGUAACAAGCAGUUCGAGAUGAUGGCCGACCAGUUCUUUGUCUAUGACGCGUCCAUAACCGCGUCCCUGGGCCGUGUGCCCAUCUGGCCCUACACUCUCUACUUCAGGAUGCCCCACAAGUGCAACGGGAACGGUGGAAAUUGCCCGUCCAGAUCCCAUCCCGUGUGGGAAAUGGUGAUGAACGAGUUGGACAGAAGGGACGACCCGACUUUCGACGAGUCCCUGCCCGGCUGUCACAUGGUCGACUCGUGCAGCAACAUUCAGACGGGAGAACAGUUCGCCAGGCUGCUCAGGCACAAUUUCAACAGGCACUUCAACAGCAACAGGGCACCUCUCGGCCUUCACUUCCACGCCUCGUGGCUGAAAAGUAAGAAGGAAUACAGGGAGGAGUUGAUCAAGUUCAUCGAGGAGAUGCUGGCCAGGAGCGACGUGUACUUCGUUACCAUGGUCCAGGUGAUCAAAUGGAUGCAAACACCGACGGAGCUCUCGGCGCUGAGAGACUUCCAGGACUGGAAAGAGACCUGCGACGAGAAAGGUCAGCCCUACUGCUCCCUUCCGAACGCCUGCCCGUUGACCACCAGAGAGCUUCCAGGCGAGACCCUUCGCCUGUUCACUUGCAUGGAGUGCCCGAACUACUAUCCAUGGCUGCUCGACCCGACUGGCGACGGUUUCACCGCGAACAAGAAAUGAGCGAUCGAGAAAAACGGUCGGUCGUUCGUGCGGCGCGUAUCCUCGAUGAAAAUUCGGGAAAAGGAAGAAGAGAAAUUUUCUCGAGGCACACGCGCCUGAACGUGGUGUCGCGCUGAAAACGUGUCGCGAACG